AAAAAACAUAGGAAGAUCACAGGUGUUUGUUUACUUCUUCACUUUCCUUCUUCCUUUGACUCUUCACUUCCCUCAUCCGCUAAUGGCGGAAACACAAACUCCCUUCACUCAACCUAUCCGCUGUAUUGUAAAACUUGGAGGUGCUGCAAUCACUUGUAAAAAUGAGUUAGAAAAGAUAAAUGACGAAAUUCUUCACAAGGUUUCGGAACAGCUUAGACAAGCAAUGAUUGCAUCUUCUCAGAAGCCUCCUGGGAUGGAUUGGAGCAAGAGACCUGGUGAUUCUGAAAUCUGUUGUAAUCCAGAAGAGUUUGGAGAUGAUUUUGAUGCAGAAUGUAGCCGUUUCAUUGUUGUUCAUGGAGCAGGUUCUUUUGGGCAUUUCCAAGCCAGCAAAUCUGGUGUUCACAAGGGACAGCUGAAUAAACCUCUUGUCAAGGGAGGCUUUGUUGCUACGCGAAUAUCUGUAACCACUCUCAAUCUUGAAAUCGUUAGAGCACUAGCCAGAGAUUUGUUUCUUUGUGCAGAGGGUAUUCCUUCAAUUGGAAUGUCACCUUUCUCAUGUGGAUGGAUCACCAGUGAAAGACAUGUAUCUUCAGCCGAUUUGUCACCUGUGGCUAAGGCUAUUGAUUCUGGUUUUAUACCUGUCCUGCAUGGAGAUGCCGUGCUUGAUGAGAUUCUGGGAUGCACUAUUUUAAGCGGUGAUGUCAUCAUAAGUCAUCUGGCAGCAUACUCAAAGCCUAAAUAUGUUGUUUUCUUGACAGAUGUAUAUGGAGUAUAUGAUCGCCCACCGACAGAACCUGAUGCGAUACUCUUAAAGGAAAUUGCUGUUGCUGAAGAUGGAAGCUGGUCGGUCAUAAAACCGAAGUUGCAGAACUCAAUUGAGCUAAGUGUUGCGGCCCAUGAUACAACUGGUGGCAUGAAAACCAAAAUCUCAGAAGCUGCAAUGAUAGCGAAGCUUGGAAUAGAUGUCUACAUUGUAAAAGCUGCAACAAGCCACUCACUAAAGGCCUUAAAUGGAGAUCUUGGAAGCAGCAUCCCAGAUGACUGGCUUGGAACAGUCGUUCGUUCAUCAAGAUAGCCAUAACCGAAUCUUCUGCACAAGUCGGUAUCAUCAAGAAGUAAUGAUUUUAGAGUCAAGAAUUCGAGCGUUAAUUGUUAUUGUACUAACAAUUACACGUAUGUGAGGACUCUCAGAAACAAUCACUUGUCAUAUUACAAUGAUGUUCUCCAUAGAAUAAAGAUUGACAGUUAAAUGAAUUAUUGUACUGAAUAUCAUUUGACAUUUCCGAUUUUACUGUGUUCGUUACUCAACUCUGACUCAACCUUGAUGUACAAUUGUUCUGUAUGCAUGAUUGUUAUUUUGGCAACUUUGACAUAGUUCUUCUA